UCCAUAGUUUGCUUAACUUCCAUUUCUAGUCUUCUUCAAAUUUUCAAACAUCUGUUGUUUCCUGCCUAGGGUUUGCCAAUUUCAGAUUUGACCUUUUUUUCGAAUUGUACUGCUCGAUGGUGUUUCAGGCUAUAGAAUCGCACCAUCUGUAACAUAAAAGACUGAAAUCGACGAAAGUCUUCGGUGGGUCUCUUUUCCUUGAAUUAAAUAACCGAAAGAGGUAGAUAGUUUUUCGUACAUUAGAAUCGCCCGCCCAAAUAAAGAUGAAUAAAAGUUAGGGUUGAUCAAAUUAUGUAGCCUAUUGCCUUUAGUCUCUUUCUCUCAUAAAGAUAUAGGAAAAAGGUGGAGUUAUGGGUCCACUAAUGGAAAGAUGGACUUGACAAGAACAGUAAAUCUUGACCUUGGCCGUCCAUAUUGCUUUCCAAUAAUUCAGCUUAGACAAAUAAAAACACCCAAUUUAUACUUUCUGAUUAUCAAUUUGCACUUGUAAAUGGGGAAAAAAGUUGUGAACUAGUGUUGUUUAGAGCACGAUUGUUUAUUAUCUUGGGUUUGAAAUCUGAACCAAGAAAUGAGUGUUUACUUGUGCAACUUUACUCUGAAAAAUUGGCUCUCUUUGUAGGAUAUGUGUCAUUUAUUCCAGAUGAGCUUCUAUUCUAGACAUAUUUCAUGGUGGUGAUCUCUUUAUACAAUUAUUCACAUGUUUGGUAUAUUCAGACUAUUAUUAUAUUAGUAAAAUUAUGCACAGUGUUUAUUGGUAAAUGGCUUGAUCAUGCGGACCAGGGCUGGAAAGCGACAUUUUUGUAUUGUUGUUGAAACCAAAAAGGAAAAUGUUCCUCGCCAGUCUGAUCUUUUACAUUACUUUUAAAAUCACUUUUAAUUUAAAAAUCAUAAGGAUGAAUCGAGGAAGAUCAAAAUAGAGGGGAGGGAACAUGUUUGUUGCAUAGCAGAAGCAGUGAAAUGAUGGUGGCCAGAAGAAGAAGUUACAGGAACUUGGUCGCCAUCAGCUGGUCUGCAGAGGAGUUGAUAUCUUUUUUCCUUUUGUACUCAUUUGUGUUUUUUAUUUCUGUAGUUAAUUGCAUUCCUAAAGAUACCUUAGAAUUUAAGAGCUGCAUAAUUGAUGAGAGAGGGGAUACUCUUAUUUCGGCAGGAGCAAGAUUUGAACUCGGAUUUUUUACACCGUAUGGCAGCUCUAAAAGGGGAAGAUAUGUGGGAAUAUGGUACUACAAAUCAAAUCCAAGAACGGUCGUUUGGGUUGCCAAUAGAGACAGGCCACUUUUGGGUUCAGAUGGUGUCUUUACCAUUGAAGAUGAUGGCAACCUCAAAGUAUCCGAUGGAAAUUGGAAUCUUUAUUGGUCGACAAAAAUUGGUCAUCCAAUAAUCGGUUCCAGGACCCUGAAGCUAAUGGAUAAUGGGAAUCUGAUUUUGAGCUAUGAAGAUCAAGAAGACUUCUCUGAGAAAAUCCUCUGGCAGAGUUUUGAUUACCCAACUGAUACAUUUCUUCCUGGCAUGGUAAUGGAUGAUAACUUAGUGCUGACUUCAUGGAAGAGCUAUGAGGACCCCGGUCAAGGGAACUUCACUUUUCAGCUAGACCAAGACGGUGGCCAAUAUGUCAUUUGGAAGAGAUCGGUUAAAUAUUGGAAAAGUGGUGUUUCAGGUAAGUUUAUUACCACUGAUAAGAUGCCUGCUGCAUUGUUAUACCUGUUGUCAAAUUUCUCAUCGAAAGGUGUCUCCAACGUCUCCGUGCCACGUCUGACAUCAUCAUUAUACAUUGAUACAAGGCUAGUAUUGAACAGCUCCGGCCAGCUUCAAUAUCUAAACUGGGAUGAUCACAGAGUCUGGUCUCAGAUUUGGGUGGAGCCAAGAGAUAGGUGCAGUGUGUAUAAUGUGUGCGGAAAUUUUGCUAGCUGUAAUAGUAAGGGCGGUGUGGCUUGCAAAUGUCUCCCUGGUUUCGAGCCUGCCUCUCCAGAGAGUUGGAAUAUCGGAGAUUAUUCUGGUGGAUGCAACAGAAAGUCACCAAUGUGUGGUAUCGACGAUGAAAGCGACACGUUCUUGAGUCUAAAGAUGAUGAAAUCUGGGAACCCAGACUUCCAGUUCAAUGCAAAGGAUGACUCUGAUUGCAAGUUGGAGUGUCUUAACAACUGCCAGUGCCAGGCUUACUCGUAUGUGGAAGCUAAUAUCACAAGGCACAGUGGGAUUGAUAAUUCCGCUUGUUGGAUUUGGUCUGGAGAUCUCAACAAUCUUGAGGAUGAGUUUGAUAAUGGCCGUGACCUCAACGUCCGAGUAGCAGUUCGAGAUCUAGAACUGACGGUCAGGAAUUGUGAAACAUGUGGCACAAAUCUCAUUCCUUACCCGCUUAGCACCGGACCUAACUGUGGCGACCCCAUGUACUUGAGUUUUAACUGCAAUGUGACUACUGGCCAGGUAACCUUUGCAGCACCAGGUGGAAUGUAUAAAGUUAAAUUCAUCAAUUCAGAAGCACGAAAAUUUGUCAUUCAAACUAACGAUGCUGGUGAUUGUGGUGAUAAGAAUUGGAUAAUCAAAACCCUUCAGCUGAACCAGUCGUCUCCAUUCCAUGUUACCAACUGGUGCAACUUUAAGGAGACCAAUCCAGAGAACUUUUCUCUGAAAACCAGCAACGAAGUUGAAAUCGGUUGGGAGCCGCCAUUGGAACCCACUUGUUCUUCAUCUACCGACUGCAAAGACUGGCCUUAUUCAACUUGCAACAUGACUAAAGAUGGAAAUCAAAGAUGCCUUUGUAUAACAAACUUCCAUUGGAAUGGCUGGGGCUUGAACUGCAGUACAGAUCACAACAAAGAGAAGGAUGGAAGAGGAAAAAUGACCUUCUCUGUGAUUAUCGUUGCGACAAUCAUAUGUAUAGUCUUUCUGAUGAUUCUCUCAAGUACUGUAUUUUAUAUUUACUUCUCCAAGACUGGGCUCAUUGAAAGACAAGAAAGCAGGGGAAACAGCCAAAAAGAAUCAAUGCUUCACUUGUAUGACAAUGAGAGACGUGUCAAAGACCUGAUUGAAUCAGGCCGAUUUAAGGAAGAUGACACAAAUGGAAUAGACAUACCAUUUUUUGAUUUGGAAACAAUUCUUAUUGCCACAGAGAACUUCUCAAAUGCAAAUAAGCUUGGACAGGGAGGUUUCGGGCCAGUUUACAAGGGCAAGUUUCCUAGUGGUCAGGAGAUUGCUGUAAAGAGACUCUCAAGUGGUUCAGGACAAGGCUUUGAGGAGUUUAGGAAUGAGGUUUUGUUGAUCGCGAAACUUCAGCAUCGAAAUCUCGUAAGACUUUUGGGCUAUUGUGUUGAAGGAGAUGAAAAGAUGUUGCUUUAUGAAUAUAUGCCAAACAAAAGCUUAGAUGCGUUUAUAUUUGAUCAAAAGCAGAGGAUACUAUUAGAUUGGGACAUGCGCUUCAACGUCAUUUUAGGAAUCGCUCGUGGCCUUCUUUAUCUUCACCAGGAUUCAAGGUUGAGAAUCAUUCAUAGAGAUUUGAAGACGAGCAACAUUCUUCUAGAUGAGGAGAUGAAUCCCAAAAUAUCGGAUUUUGGCCUGGCCAGGAUCUUUGGAGGGAAAGAAACUGCCACAAAUACCAAAAGGGUGGUAGGGACUUAUGGAUACAUGUCACCGGAGUACGCACUGGAUGGCUUAUUUUCAGUUAAAUCUGACGUCUUUAGCUUCGGUGUAGUUGUGAUUGAAAUCAUCAGUGGAAAAAGGAACACGGGAUUCUAUCACUCGGAGAAAGCUUUGAGUCUUCUAGGCUAUGCAUGGGAUUUGUGGAUAACAGGCAAAGGCUUGGACUUGAUGGAGCAAACAGUGAGCGAGAACUGCAAAAGAGAUGAAUAUUUGAAGUGUUUAAAUGUGGGGCUGUUGUGUGUGCAGGAAGAUCCAUGGGAUCGACCCACCAUGUCGAAUGUCGUCUUCAUGCUCGGCAGUGAAACUGCGACUCUCCCAUCUCCAAAACCACCAGCAUUCAUCGUGCGGAGGUGCCCCUCGAGCCGAGCUUCGUCCUCCACCAAACCAGAAACCUUCUCCCACAAUGAGUUGACAGUCACCUUACAAGAAGGUAGAUAGCAGAAAGAAAGGUCUUUCCAUAUGAAUUAUUAUUGACGUAGAGCUUCACAUUUCCUUAUUCUCUAUCUGAUAUUAUUUAGAAUGUACUCUCCAGUUUUAACUUGUCGAGAUGAUCGUUGAAGAGAAUUACAAAUGUUAUGUAUUGAAUAUUAUUUAUACGGAGAAACUUUUUUUUUUC